AUGGAGCUCCGAAAAUACUGGCCGAUUGUGCUCACCGUUUUAACAAUAUGGCCCGCCGUAGCUGCGGACCUUAUUGACCGGCCCUGUGCAGUAAGGCACGUGAAGAGCGGGCAGGUGUGUGUGUGCACAGCAGAGUACUGCGACACCAUCACUAGAAAAUCUCCAGAGAGUGGAACCUUCGUGUCCUAUGUAUCUUCUGAGGAGGGACUUCGAUUCCAUAAGACUGUGGGAUCGAUGACAAAAUAUACAAAAGGUAGUACCUACAAGAAUGUUCUGGAAUUAGACGUGGGGACGCAAUAUCAGACGGUGAAUGGUUUCGGAGGCGCCGUCACCGAUGCAGCCAGCAUCAACUGGAAGAACUUGACUGAUCAUCGACUGAUGGACCAUUUAAUAGAGUCGUACUGUGGUGAUUCAGGAAUUCAAUACAACAUGCUGCGUGUCCCAAUCGGUGGAACUGACUUCUCUACACACGGGUACGCGUACAACGAACUCCCUGAAAACGAUGUGACGUUGAGCAACUUUACAUUGGCUUAUGAAGAUUAUGAGUAUAAGAUUCCGAUGAUAAAAGCAUGUAUGAAGGCAGCUAGUGCUCCCAUCCAUAUAGUGUCAGCGACCUGGUCUCCUCCGAUAUGGAUGAAGACCAACGACGCAUACUCAGGGCACAGCAAGCUGCGGAAAGAAUAUCGACAGACUUAUGCUGAUUACCAUUACAAGUUCUUAGAGCACUAUGCAGCCGAAGGUAUUCCAGUGUGGGGAAUGUCUAUUUCAAAUGAGCCCCUACACUCCAGUGUGAACUACAUCCCCGCUAAAAUCAACAACAUGGGCUGGACUCUAGAUGAAAUGAGCGAAUACAUAAUGAAGAACUUGGGCCCCACUCUCCGAGGUAACCACUCUAACUUCAAACAUGUGAAGAUCAUCGCUGGUGAUGACUUGCGUUUCACCAUCACUCUGUUCUGGAACACCUUUGUAGCCGUCUACCCAGAGACCUUGGAGUAUUUGGAUGGUGCAGCUGUGCACUACUACAUGAGCGCCUAUGUUCCAGCUGCGAUAUUGUCGCAAGCGAUGGAAGGAUACCCAGGGAAGUUUGUCCUGGCUACAGAAAUAUGUGCAGGUGCUCUACCAAGUGACGCAGUCAAAGUUGACAUAGGAUCGUGGAGCAGAGCACAGCUGUACGUUAAUGAUAUAAUGCAGAAUCUUGAUAAUAAUGUUAUAGGUUGGCUGGAUUGGAACAUGUGUCUAAAUACUGAAGGGAAGCCCAGCUAUAUAGACUCCAGCGUGGACUCCCCAAUACUGGUCAAUGCAGAGGACGGAGAGUUCUACAAGCAGCCGAUGUUCUACGCUAUCGGACACUUCUCCAAGUUUGUUCCACGAGGAUCUAGAAGGAUUAAAGUAAAUGUUGAUUGUGGUACGAAAAUUCAGAACAUUGCCUUCCUGACACCUCAUAACACCGUCGUUGUUGUUAUACAUAAUGAAGGUCCAAAUGAAACCGUCAGAUUGCGGUUAGGAGAUGAAGAGGCACAGCUAUUGAUUAACGCCAACAGUAUUACGACAGUUGAGAUGUUGAAUAAGUAUGACAUAGAAAUGAAUGUAGAUGAUUAG